AUGAAGCUCCAAGAAAUGAUUGAUAGCUGGCAAGAAACGUCAAAUCAAAAGCAACAACAAGAGAUUGUGGAAGGAACCGACUACUCUGUUCCAAUUCAAAUAGAAUACGAGGAAGAAGCUUGGCAACGUCAGCUCAUGGAGCACCGAUCUCCGGCCGAUGCAAAUGACCAAGAACGAAAUUCCCAGGAACAUCCUUUAGCCCAAGACUAUCCGCUUGAACGGGAACCCGCCUCUACAUUGACAUGGGAAAGCUUUAUGGAUACGGUGGCCUUUCCAGAAAAGUCAAUUCCGGGAGCGGUAAGGGCUCAAGAUUGGACACAAUCAGAAGCCAGAGAUGCAUUGUUGGAUACGUGUCAAGAUACUGUAUUAUGUGGUGCUCUGUCGUCGCAUCAACAGGAAGACUGGGCUGCGCAAAAUGGGCAUCGGGCAAUGAUGGAUGACAUUCUUGAUGAAGAAGAGUUUUAA